AUGCUUCGCUCUUCGGUUCAGGCCGUUCGCCAGGCAUCGAGUGCUGCUGCGGCGAAGCCUACUGGCCAAAGGGUAAAGACUUUUGAAAUCUACCGUUUCAACCCUGAUCAACCUGGAGCUAAACCUACCUUGCAAGUAAGGUUUCAAACAAGUUAUAUAGUUUUAUGCAUUAAUAUUAUUUAAUAGCUUACUCUUGAUUUCUAGAAAUAUGAUGUCGAUCUUAACGCUUGUGGUCCUAUGGUGCUGGAUGCUCUGAUUAAGAUCAAGAAUGAAGUCGAUCCCACCUUGACCUUCAGACGUUCGUGUCGUGAGGGGAUCUGUGGUUCGUGCGCGAUGAACAUUGGAGGACAGAACACGUUGGCUUGUAUCUGUCACAUUGAUACCGAUACAGCCAAGUCUACCAAAAUCUACCCACUUCCUCACAUGUACGUUGUCAAGGAUCUGGUCCCUGACAUGAACUUGUUCUACACUCAAUAUGCUUCUAUCCAGCCAUGGAUUCAGAAGAACAACGGACUAAAUUUGGGAGAGAAACAACUUCAUCAGAGCAUUGAAGAGCGUGAGAAGUUGGUAGGUUAUUCAGAAGUAUUAUUUUUACGUAGGACGAGGGUAUAGAGCUUUUUGUGUGAUAAUGAUUUUCCAAAAUCUUUCAGGAUGGAUUGUACGAAUGUAUUUUGUGUGCUUGUUGUUCCACCAGUUGUCCAUCAUAUUGGUGGAACGCUGACAAAUAUUUGGGCCCGGCCGUCUUAAUGCAAGCUUACAGGUAAGUGUUUUUAUGGUGCAAGACUAAAUUACACAUUUUGUUCUACGAUUACAGAAUAGUCAGCAUCUCUAAAUAAUGUUAAGUUUAUAUACAUUUUUGAAUAAAUACAUGACUAAAUUACAAUGUUUUAGAUGGGUCAUUGAUUCCCGUGACGACAAGGUGGAGGAGCGAUUGAGUCGCAUGCAAGACGCAUACUCUGCCUUCAAAUGCCACACCAUCCUCAACUGCACUAGAACGUGCCCCAAGGUAAGAGAUCUUUAAGGACUUGCUGUACCAUCAGAGAAUCCGUUCUCUGGGUCGUCUGGAGCUUGAAUGUCAGGGGAGAACAGGCUGGGCGCGUAGAAUAGGGAACUAAAACUAAUCUUGUUCAUUGUAAUUUGUUUUUAAACUUCUUCAGAUAGUUAGUUUAAAUUAGCAGUCUAAAAGAUUAUUUUUUGAAAUAUUCCCGGAAGCUACCUGUUGACGUCGAGUCCGUCAGUUUUACUACUUCCGAAGAGCGGCAUCAUGUGGGAGAAAGACCUCUUUGACUGUCGCUCUUUCUUCAUCCACUGGUUGUAGGAAUGGGGAUUGUACUUCUCCUUGUAGGUAUGAAUUACGGUAGGCGGGGGUUCUUCCUAAAUCGCAAAGUAGCCGAUUGUAAAAAGUUUAAAAUUACAAUUUAAACUGACCGUCUCGCCGCUCGGAGCUCUUUGUUUUCGUAAUUUGUAGACACGAAUCAAUAAGAAGAUAGCGAUAACUGUGGUGACAAUAGAGAUGAGCAGUAAAAUCACCGCCACCACACAAAUCAUAUAUCCGAUAUCACGGCUCAUAAACGGUAAUUAGCGGUUUCGGGACGGUUUUCCCGAGAAUGUUGGACUCCAAACAGCCGUCUGAUUCUGAGUCACGAGAUCGGGAAGGAAAGAACAACAUUCUCUCGUUUGUGAAUAACCAAACUUUAACUUUCAGCAUCUGAAUCCGGCCUUCGCGAUCGGACAGCUCAAGAAACUAAUCACCGGCCUCGAGAAGAAACCGAAGCAAGUCAAGGAGUUUUGCUGCUGA